AUGGGAUUCCUCGGCGUCUACUCGGCUCUCUACGACUACGAGCCCCAGGGAGCGGGCGAACUCGAGAUUCGGGAAGGUGAUCUGCUCUAUAUUUUGGAGAAGAGCGCAGAGGAUGAUUGGUGGAAGGCCAAGAAGAAGGCAGAGCGGGAGGAUGAGGACGAACCCGAGGGUCUCGUUCCAAACAAUUAUGUGGAAGAGGCGCAACCCACACACAGGGCAAAAGCACUCUUCGAUUACACGCGACAGACGGACGAGGAAGUCUCCUUCACCGAAGAUGCGGAGUUGAUGGUGUACGACACCUCCGAUCCGGAUUGGACGUUGGUCGGCGCCAACUCCGACUUUGGAUUUGCGCCCUCGAAUUAUAUCGAAAUCACCGAGGAUAUGGCUCCCGCUGCUGGUACCGCCGUUGCAUCACCUCCCAUCCCAGAAGAGCCCCCGGCGCCAGCUCUCCCGCAGCGGCCCUCCAAGCCUAGCACGGACGAAUAUGAAAGUCCCGCGGCGUCUCCGAUUGACACCGUUCAUAACCCCGCAGCCGCUGCUAUUGCGGACAUCAUACACAAGCAGCACGCUCCAGCUGGGAUGCCUGCCGAGUCCACCAGGGACGAGUCGCCCCCGCCUCACCUUCCCGUCCGGCCCUCGUACGACCAGGAAGAAGAGGAACCGGGGCCUGCCCUUCCACGGCGACCGCCGUCGCAGCAGGUUACUCCAAUCAUGCACCAAGAGUCACCCCAGUCCUCUCCGCACCCCCGCCGGCCACCCGCUCCUGGAGCGGGCCGCGAAGGAGGACUGAAAGAGUCCCCUCCCUACAACAAAGCCUCUGCGAUGACGCCGCGUUCACCAUCCGGAUACCAUAUGUACAACGUCAAUGAGAUGGUAGAGGUAAUGGGCAAGAGGAAGAAGAUGCCUACCACAUUGGGGAUCAAUAUGGUUACUGGGAUCAUCUUCAUUUCCCCAGAAGGAGAUGACCACCAGCAGGAGUGGACUGCUGAGAAACUGACUCAUUAUUCGAUUGAAGGAAAACAUGUCUUUGUGGACUUGGUUCGACCAAGCAAAAGCAUCGAUUUCCAUGCGGGAGCCAAAGACACUGCCCAAGAGAUUGUCGCCGCGCUGGGUGAGAUUGCAGGUGCUUACCGCGCAGAAGGGCUACGGGAGAUAAUUGAAGCAGGCGAACAAGGAGGCGGUGGCCAGAAGAAGGGUCAGAUGCUGUAUGAUUUCAUGGCUCAGGGCGAUGACGAGGUGACCGUGGCUACCGGUGACGAGGUUGUCAUUUUGGAUGAACACAAGUCCGAGGAGUGGUGGAUGGUGCGACGGAUGAAGAACGGCAAGGAAGGCGUUGUUCCCAGCAGCUUUGUCGAGAUCACAGGUUUCGCGACCGAAGAGCCACCACCCCCCGCGGAAUCUGCGAAGUCGACGAUCGCGAAGAACCGCAAGGAGGAAGCCCGGCUGGCCAAAGAAGCCGUGAAGCCAAGAAAGGACUCGAUUGAUUCCUCAGAGGUGAGAAUUCACGCCCAUACGCCUGAUACACCGAUGCUGAAGAGUCGCUAUCAUUUACAGCGUCAGAAGCGCGACAGCAAAACCAAGUCAAAGCCCGACUCGAGUAAAGUGAGGAAAUGGACGGACCGAACCAAAGAAUUCACGGUGGAAGCGCAGUUCAUUGGCAUUCAAGACGGGAAGAUUCAUCUUCAUAAGGUGAAUGGCAUCAAAAUCGCCGUCCCAGUCACCAAGAUGUGUGUCGAGGACCUGGAAUAUGUGGAAAAGGUGGCCGGAAUCUCGCUGGAUGAAGACAAACCCUUGUCGAGCAUCCGAGCUCGAGCCUCCUCAAAAGCUGGUGCUUCAGUGCAGCGAUCCGAUUACGAUUGGUUCGAUUUCUUCCUCAAGGCCGGUGUCAACCCGCAUCAAUGCGAGCGCUAUGCGCAGAACUUCCUCAAGGACUCGAUGGAUGAAGCUGUGCUGCCCGACAUUACCGCCGACACUCUCCGCUCUCUGGGCUUGAAAGAAGGCGAUAUCUUGCGAGUAAUGCGCCAUCUGGAUGCCACGCUCAUCCGUACAGGUAGCAAGGCCAAGCUGCGAAAUGUCAGCUUCGGCGGCGAAGAAGUCAUCGACGGAGAUGGCGGUGGGUUGUUUGCUGGAGCUGGUGGCACGUUACGCAACAACACCCGCAAAGGCAGACCGGCCCCGGCGGUACAAGCUGGUGAUGUUGUUGAUGCCAAGGCGUUCGAAGUCGCAGACGAGCCCAAAGCUGCUUCUUCCAAAUCCCCAGAGCGAGUUCCCAGCCCAGCUGCUCCUGCGGUGCCUGACAAGCCCGUUAAGACUGGAUUUGAUGACGAUGCAUGGGAAGUGAAACAACCAAGAAAGACUGCCGCUGCACCGUCUACAUCAACACCGCCGUCUAGUACACCACCUGCCACGGCCCAAGCUCCGGCCCAGAAGCAGAUCACGGGAGCCAUGGCAGACCUGUCCUUGCUCCAGGCUCCUUUGCAGCCAACUCAAGCUCAACCAACAGGUACAUCUCAACCUACUAUCAGCAUCCCUGCUCUGCAGCCUCAACAAACGGCUGUACAGUCCCCGAUGACAGCACAGCCCCAACAGCCUACGGGUGCCACUCCCAAUUUCUUCUCCCAAGUGGCACAGAUCGGACAACAGCCGCAACAGGGCUUCAGCCCUCAGCAGACCGGGUUUCAGCAGUCGCAGCCAAGACAGCGCCCACAGCCUCCGCAGAACGUGGGUCAAAAUUCGCUCCUCCCUCCUCCGCAGCGCCCGCUCUCGGCACCGCAGAAUUUCUCACAACAACCCACCUCUUUCGGUCCACCUCCAUUGCAACCUCAACUGACCGGCUUUCCGCAGACGGGCCCACCAAUCGCUCCUCCUGGCCAGAGUAUGAACGAGCUGAAUCAGCAACGCUUCCAACCUCAAAUGCAGCCGCAACCAACUGGUUUCAACCAGUUCCAGAAUGGGAUGAUGCCCCAACCCACGGGCUUCCAACCUCAGUCACAGUUUGGGAUCCAACAGCAACAGCAAGGGCCCUUUGCAAAUGGCCAGCCAGGCCUCAACCAGCCGGGAUUCCAAGGGAUGGCACCGCAGCCGACUGGCUUUGGCGGAUAUGCGCAGCCACAGCAGCCGAUGCAGACAGGAAUCAACUCUAUGUUACCACCAGCAUUGCAGCCGCAGCCCACCGGCGCGAAUGGGUUCGGAAACACAUCUUACCAGAUGCCUGCACCUCCGAUCCCGCCCAUUCCUCAACAACCAACUGCCACGCCCCUGUCGCCGCAGAAAACAGGACCCGCGCCUUCGAUUCGCUUUGGUGUUAAGCCAGACGCGCCCAAGAAACUCGCGCCACAGCCAACAGGACUUAGAGCCAACCUUUCUCAUGCUACUCCGCACAAUCCGUUCGGAUUCGAUUAA